AUGGCCUACCCCGCGGGCAACUCCAUCAGUGAAGCGGAGCUACAGAAGGCCGAAGCCGACAAGGCCUCGUGGUGGACCUACCUUCCAGCCCCGCAUCUGCGCGGCAACCCAGUAAAGGUGACCCAUAGGCGAGUGGAACACGCCAAAGGAGAGAGUCAGCUCGGAAAGAUCUGCAGCGGGAGGAGUGUGUAA